AUGGGCGUUGCUUGUUCAGGGAGUAAGAGGAAUGAACAGUUAUUAUUGCAUGUUGAUGUAUACAUAUGGAAGGAAAAGGAAAAGAAAUACCAUCUUUAUGAUUACUCUAGUCAUGAUUCACAUUAUUAGUAAUUGUAGCUGAUUUAAGAUACGAAAUUGUGCAAGUAUGGAGAAAACAUUCUGGCUGUUCAACCAAAUUAAACAAUAGAGGGAGCCUAAGAGUUAUUUGUGAUUAAGGAGAAGGUUUUGAGACCCAUUACGGAAAUCUGGUCAAUAAUUAGGAAUGAUCAAGUAAAUGGAGUUCCAGUUACGAAUAGAGUCUAACUAUUUCCUGGAUAAACCAUACGACUGGGUCGGGUGAAGAUCAUACUGUGGGAAGCCUGCUUCAAUUAGGCGAUGGCUACGGAGGAGAGCGAGAAGGAGAAGGACGAAGAUGCCAAUGGGUUGGAUGACAGUGACAACUGCAAUGCUGAAAACUCAUGUAGGAUCUGCAUGAGUAAAGUAGGAACAAUUUAAAACCCACUGAUAAACCCAUGUCAAUGUUCUGGGUCUGUCAAAUACAUACACAUCAAAUGUCUCCAAUAGUGGAUCCACAACAAAUUCAAGAUCAGAGAACUCAACAAUAUUGUCCUGUAUUUUUGGUCCAAUCUAAUCUGUGAAAUUUGCAAGGAGCAAUACAAAUUGGAGUACAAGUUUAAGAAUAGGAAGUAUCAUUUGAUUGACAUUCCGAGACCGAAGGAGGCAUAUUUUAUAUUUUGGAUCAGUCACAUUGAUAAGAACAAAGAGAAAGGAUUAUAUGUGAUUAAUUUGAAUGGGAGAAGCAAUAUUAAGAUUGGGAGAGUGCAGGAGAACGACAUUAAAUUGCAGGAUAUCAGUGUGUCUAGAAACCAUGCACUGAUAACGUUUAAUAGAGACGAUGAAUCAAUCUUUUUAGAAGAUCUUGGCAGCAAAUUUGGUACUCUCUUACAAAUAGAUGAAUUGAGAUUGGAUACUAAAUCAAUAAUUUAAGUUGCAAAUUCAGUGUUUAUUUUUGACUACUUGAAAAAGAACCAGAAACACUAUGAAUUGCCUAGUUUCUACAAAGUAGUCGAAAAGGAAACACAACAACAGCCUUAAGAUUGUGGCGAAGAUGACGUCCUGGUCAAUGUAGAUAACAACAAGUAUUUAAGUGGAGACAACGAAGCCCCCUGA